ACCACUGCACCGGCCCGCGGGGGUAAUGCGGCCGCCGCAGACUCCGCGCACGACUCCGCCUGGGAGCGCGCUAUGGGCCGUUGGAGUCUGGCAUGGCCCAGACCCCGGCGGCGCUGCUGCUGGCGCCUCUGCUACUCCUGCAACUGGCGACCCCUACCCAGGUCUACCAGGACUAUCAGUACUUAGGGCAGCAGGGCGAAGGUGACACCUGGGAGCAGCUGAGGCUGCAGCAUCUAAAGGAAGUCGAGGACUCAAUCCUUGGCCCGUGGGGAAAGUGGCGGUGUUUCUGUGACCUGGGCAAGCAGGAGCGCAGCCGCGAAGUAGUGGGCACAGCGCCGGGCCCGGUUUUCAUGGACCCGGAGAACCUGAUCCAGUUACGGCCCUGCCGGCAACGGGACUGUCCAUCCUGCAAGCCCUUCGACUGCGACUGGAGUCUCUGAGCCCGGGCGGGGCCCCAGAGACCGUGAAGCAGAGCUUGCAAAGUGACCCUGUCCACCGAAUUCCGCAAGCUGAGUGUUCGGCCAUAGCCCUUCGGGACUACAAUUCCCAGGAGGGCGCACGGCAGCGACGUCGGCGUCGGCUGCGUAAGCGCC